CCUAACGGGAAAGGAGGCAGCUUUUGAGUGCUUUCAAUUUCAUUGCUUUUCUUGCCCAGAGACACUGUGGACAGCCAUGGCUGCUAAAACAUAUGAUGAAGAACACCUUGAUAAUGUAAAGUCUGUUGUCAAGAACCUGUUUGAUGAAAUUUUUGAUGACUUCAGAAAACAAGUGUUAAACAAAAAGGAAAUCAACAAAAUAAAGAAAGAUGUGAACCGCAUCGUGAACAAUGCUGGAAACCUGGUUGGGGAGAUUGUUGAUAAAACCCAGAAGACAGGCAAAUUGUUUGCAAACCACUUCUCCCAUUCCAAGACACAGCUAAGCUUAACAUCUGAAGAUGAAAGUAAAGAAAGCAGAAUUGAAGAAAUUACUGCAUCAGCAGAGGCAUUGGCUGUCUCUCCAGCAGAUCCUCAGGAAAUCCAUGGUGCCCAAUUUGGGGAUACACUGAAGCCUUGCCCAUGUGAUCAUUUCCAUAAGCUGAAGACAGAGAAGGAAAUGGAAACAGAGCUAAGGCAGUUUGCUGACCACCAAGACCACCGAACAUCAGACAGCACAUUCUUGGUGUUUAUGCCACAUGGCAUCCCGGAACGAAUUUGUGGGACAAAGCCCAUUGAUAAAGACCCAGCUAUUCUUCAUGAUGACACAAUCUUUACAAUUUUAAACAACAAUGAUUUCAAGAAUCUGAGAGACCAACCCAAGAUCAUCAUCACACAGGCCUGCAGAGGCAAUAACAAUGUAUUAGAAGAAGAAUCACUCAAUAAAAUAAAGUCUGUUGUCAAGAACCUGUUUGAUGAAAUAUUUGAUGACUUCGGAAAAAGUGUGUUAAACAACGAGGAAAUCCGCAAAAUAAAGAAAGAUAUGAAACUCAUCGUGAACAAUGCUGGAAACCUGGUUGGGGAGAUCAUUGAUAAAACCCAGAAGACAGGCAAAUUGUUUGCAAACCACUUCUCCCAUUCCAAGACACAGAUAAGCUUAAAUAUAUCCAAUCAUGGAGAAAGAAGGACGAACACGACUGGCCUCAUCAUCUGCAACAAAAAAUUCGACUCUCUUUCCAGUCGGCCUGGUGCUGAGGUGGACCUGUUGAGGAUGCAAGACUUGCUUAAAGAGCUUGGGUACUCAGUGGUUGUAAAACAGAAUCUAACCGCUCAGGAAAUGGAAACAGAGCUAAGGCAGUUUGCUGACCACCAAGACCACCGAACAUCAGACAGCACAUUCCUGGUGUUUAUGUCACAUGGCAUCCUGGAUGGAAUUUGUGGGACAAAGCAUUGUGAUGAUAAGCCUGAUGUUCUUCAUGAUGACACCAUAUUUACAAUUUUCAACAACCAUAAUUGCAAGAAUCUGAGAGACAAACCCAAGAUCAUCAUCAUGCAGGCCUGCAGAGGCAGGGGUGAUGGCAUUUUCUGGGUGACCACUGACCGAGGAGAAGCCAUGGCAGACACACAUGCUUAUUCUUUGCAGUAUCACGGAUGUUACGGACGGAGAGAUGCAAUCACAAGGAGCCACAUUGAAAAGGAUUUCAUUGCUUUUAAAUCUUCCACUCCACAUAAUGUUUCAUGGAUAUUAGAGACAACUGGCUCUCUCUUCAUUUCUCAACUCAUCUACUUCAUCAAAGAAUAUUGCUGGAGUCACCAUUUGGAGGAAAUUUUUAGGAUGGUUCAACGUUCCUUUGAGACCCCAACUGUACUCACACAGAUGCCUACAAUUGAAAGAGUAUCCAUGACACGGUAUUUCUAUCUUUUUCCUGGGAAUUAAAACAGCCUCUCAGUUUACAACUGAUUAUUGCUGCAGCUGCUAUGAAGAAAAGGAAAUGACAACCUCCCUUGAUGCUUAACUGUGCAAAACUGGCAUUUAGCACCUUUAUUGAACACCCAUUGAUCUAGAGAAUUUUUCUUUAGAUCUUUUCCUUUAUUGUGUUAUUAGUGUAUGUUUAUGAUAUCUAGUGAAUACAUUUGUUGUUCAGAAUAUUAUAUAUCAUAUUUUCCUCCUUUUCCCCUUCCCCUUCCUUCUUUUCUUUACCUCCUUCUGUCCCUAGAUCCUCUUUCUGUUUGCAUAAGGUUUUUACAAAUUAUAUAUUUGUUUCUUUCUGGCCAGUAUUCAUAGUUUUUAUUCAUAGCUUUUAUUUUGUGAAUUUUUAUGUUUACUUCAUCCAUAGCUUUAUUAGCCAUGUAUGAUAAUGACACAGGUCAUUCUUUAUUACUUAAAUGGAAAUGCUUUCAGCAUUUCAACAUCACAAUGCAUUCUAUUAUUUAAAUUCAUUCUCACAGUAAUAAAAUAUAUAUUUACAUUGCUAUUUUUCAGCUGGUCUGUCUCUUUCAAGGAUAAAUGUUACUUUGGGCCCUGCUGUGAAACAAAAGAAAUGAAAAUGCUAAUUAUUGUAUUUGAGCACUCACAUAGUUAUAUUAACAAAUGGCCUAAUACCAACUAUUGAUCACAAUUUGGGGAUGAUAAGUUCUGUUAUGGAAUGUUUUUCAUUUGCUCUCAAUCUAAAAUAGUGUUGACAAUAUUUAACUUAGAAUUCCUAUGUUUGUAUUGAUACUUAUUAACAGGGAUUUUGACUUAUUUUUAAUUUGGCCAAAUUGAAAUUUUUAAUACUUUUUUUAAGAAUUAUGAGAAAUAAUUUUUUACCAACCCUAGAUGAUCUGAAAUCGUUUAAAAUGUAAUUUUUAAAUAAAUUAUCAAUAUCAAAUGAA